ACUUGGAAUUCACUGUCCAACGGGUUAUUUCAACUUCAGGCUCGUAGAAUCUAAACUCCCUCGUUAUAAAUCUUGCUUCCUGGUCUUUGGAUAACAUUGAGAAGAUGAGCAGUAUCACAGCCACAAAAUUUCCUGCUUGCCUCAAAUCAGAGGAGCACUCAACUGAGAGUACUCUCACUUCAACACUCUCACAGAAAACAGUCCUACAUAUUCUCAACAACAAAUGCUUCAAUUCUCUGCAACAUCUCAGACAGGCCCAUGCUAUCAUAUUGAGAACUGGUCAUUUCCAAGACCAUUAUGCAUCAGGAACCUUAGUCAAGUGCUAUGCCAACCCUCUUUUCAACAACUUUGGCUUGGCACUCAGAGUCUUUGAUAACAUCCCAAGGCCAAAUGUUUUUGUAUGCAAUAUACUAAUAAAAGGGAGCUUAGAACACAAGGAGCCACAUAAGGCUAUAUCAUGUUACCAUAAGAUGGUGCUCUUGAACUCUAGGCCUAACAUGUUCACCUACCCUCCUUUGUUCAAGGCCUGUGCCAUUGAAGGUUGUGUUAAAGAAGGGGUUCAGUUUCAUGGGCAUGUAGUGAAACACGGGCUUAGCGGAGAUUUUCACAUUAAGAGUGCUGGAAUUCAAAUGUAUGCAUCAUUUGGACUAGUGGGAGAGGCAAGGAAAAUGCUUGAUGAGAAUGGUGAAAGUGAUGUGGUUUGUUGGAAUGCCAUGCUUGAUGGAUACUUUAAAUGUGGAGAAGUGGAAGGUGCUACUGAGUUGUUUCGGUGUAUGCCGGUUAAGAAUGUUGGGUCUUGUAACAUAAUGAUAACUGGGUUGGCUAGUUGUGGGAUGAUUGAGAAUGCAAGGGCUUUGUUCAAUCAUAUGAGAAAGAAGGAUGAAAGAUCUUGGAGUGCUAUUAUUGACGGUUAUAUCAAAGAAGGGUGUUACAAGGAGGCCUUGGAGGUUUUUCAUGAGAUGCAACGGGAAAAGAUAAAGCCAAAACAACAUAUACUACCAAGUUUGCUAACUGUUUGUGCUAAUUUGGGGUCUCUAGAUCAAGGUAGAUGGAUUCAUUCAUAUGUGCAAAAGAAUUCUUUCCAGGUGAAUGCAGUGUUAGGGACUGCUUUGGUUGACAUGUAUGUUAAAUGUGGGCAUCUUGACAUGGCAUGGGAAGUGUUUGAGAAUAUGAAAGUGAAAGAAGUCUUCACUUGGAAUGCUAUGAUAGGGGGUCUUUCUAUAAAUGGGAAAGCAAAGGAAGCAAUUGAGCUUUUCACCAAGAUGCAAGAGGAGAAAAUGAAACCAAAUGGCAUUACCUUUGUGGGUGUUCUAAAUGCAUGUGCACAUGCUGGAAUGGUUGAAAAAGGUCUAGCCAUGUUGGAUUCAAUGAAGGGAGCAUACGGGAUUGAGCCUGAAAUGGAGCACUUUGGGUGUGUAGUUGACCUCUUAGGAAGGGCUGGACUUAUAGAAGAGGCAGAGAAGUUUAUAGACUCUAUGCCGUUACAGCCCAAUGCAGCAGUUUGGGGAGCAUUUUUGAAUGCAUGCAGAAUACAUGGAAAUGUCGAGCUAGGAGAAAAAGUGGGGUGGAUUUUGCUUGAUAUGGAGCCUCAAAACAGUGGUCGUUAUGCCUUGUUAUCAAACAUCUAUGCAAAGGCAGGAAGAUGGGAUGAUGUUACUAGAGUUAGAGAGUUGAUGAAAAAAAGAGGAAUCAAGACUGUUCCUGGAAGUAGUAUGAUAGAUAUGGGUGGUACAGUUCAUGAAUUCAAAAUGGGACAUUGCUCACACCCACAAAUGAAAGAAAUAUAUGUGAUGUUAGAAAGGAUGAUGGAGAAGCUGAGGAUGGAAGGCUAUUCACCAAACACGUCCAUGGUAUUAUUUGACAUUGAAGAAGAAGAAAAGGAAACUGCACUAAGGCAGCAUAGUGAAAAAGUAGCACUCGCUUUUGGACUUGUUCAUACAGAACCAGGAACAACUCUGCGCAUUGUGAAGAAUCUAAGGGUGUGUGAGGAUUGCCAUUCUGCCUUCAAGCUCGUUUCUCAAAUCUAUGGUCGUGAUAUUAUUAUGAGAGACCGCGUGCGCUAUCAUCAUUUCAGAAAUGGAAUGUGUUCAUGCAAGGAUUUUUGGUAAGCUGAUAAAUAGAUGCGUCAAUAGAAGCUGAAUUGACUUUGUUUCAAACUGUAAAGGAAGAGAAGAACUUGUCAUAAGUAAAAUUGUUAACUGAAAAAGAAUUAUUUCCCCUACUUUCUUGAAUAAGUAUGCUAGAGAAAUGCUUAACAUAGAAAUAAUAAUAAUAACACAAAAAGGCUAGCAGUAUUGGUUUACAAUUAAUAGCCAGAUGCAUAUGGCUGGGCAGCUUGGAUCACCGUCAUCGAGUAAAAUAUUUUGUCUAUUCACAUUUUUAUAUGUUAAAUAUUGUGCAUUAAUUACUGGAAGACUAUGACAAUUGUUGGUAUACAAUACACAAAAAAGACAGUAAUAUUGUCACUCCAUGUUUUCGAAGAUUCGGAUCAGUGGUUUCUGUCAAGUUUGGAUUUCGCUAUGACGAAUCAAGCGACAGAGCUGAGAAUGCACCGCUCGGGUCACAAUUCUUAGUUGCCCAAAUUUUUCUCUGUUAGAGCAAAAUGGACACUUUGCGAGUGACACUUUUAAUAGGUUAACAAUUGACUAGAUUACUUCUCUGCACUAUUAAAUACUUAUCUUCCGCAAAUUUAAUGUAUAUCUUCUGUCUUCUACAUUUUUUGGUUAGAAUCUUGAGUUUUUUAAUUUUUGGUCGUGAUUUAUUUUUCU